AUGACAGCGUCACAGAGAGGUGGGAAGGGGAGAUCGGAAGGGGACUCUGCUGCGGCAACGGAGGUCGUAUUAGGGAGAGAGCAUGCGGAAGAGGGAGAACAGAGGGCCGCAGACGACGAUGGUGUGAGAGAUCGGAAGGGGAAGUCGGAAGGGGACUGUGCUGCGGCGACAGAGGGUGUAUUAGGUAGAGAGCGGGGGUAUUCAACGAAAGCGAUGGCAGCGUAACUGAGAGGUGGGAAGGGGACUGUGCUGCGGCGACGGAGGUCGUAUUAGGGAGAGAGCAUGCGGAAGAGGGAGAACAGAGGGCCGUAGACGACGAUGGUGUGAGAGAUCGGAAGGGGAAGUCGGAAGGGGACUGUGCUGCGGCGACAGAGGGUGUAUUAGGUAGAGAGCGGGGGUAUUCAACGAAAGCGAUGGCAGCGUAACUGAGAGGUGGGAAGGGGACUGUGCUGCGGCGACGGAGGGCGUAUUAGGGAGAGAGCAUGCGGAAGAGGGAGAACAGAGGGCCGUAGACGACGAUGGUGUGAGUGCCGGACAAUUGGCAUGAGACGACGGCAGUAGGUAGGGGGUCAAGGAGGCAAAAGGGGUUGGUGGAGAACGGGCGCGGCACAAGGGGACGGCGCCGUCGAGAGCCAAAACGGGGGCGGGGUUAAUGCGAGGUACGGGAGGCGUGUGACUGGCAAGAAACAAGUAUCAAAACCGCAGAUACCAUUCGCCCGUCCGUACCACCCCAAAGGUUAAGUAUGCCGCGCCGACAGCCGCCACUCUUCACGCAAUCAGCACAACAGCCAGUUGUUAUCGUGUGUCAUUCUCGGUAACCUUUUGCUUCCGCCUCUGUGUUUCGCAAUUUUCCGCGCUUGCAGACUCUACCCUUCUUCCUUUGCUGGCAAACCUUUUCGUGCGAACGAAACGUUUGAAACGUUUAACACCUCUAUUCUUACCAAUAAAGACUCUUACUACACUGUACCGUACAU